UCUGGUUUGUUCAAAAUGAAAGUGUUUUUGUUUCCAGGUGUACUCUUCCGCCAAACUUGCUUAUCAUUCAUAUACCUUCUCCUGCUACUACUGCUGCCUAUGGUGAGGAUACCAACACACAAGACCAUGGCCAGUGCCACAGGCCAAUAUCUGCGAGCAGUGAUGGUGCUAAGUUUUCUCACAUCUAUAGCACAACUUUCAUUUCAGAUUGUGCUGUUAUCUAUGCCUCCAUAUGGAAACUUUUUAAAAGAAAACAAUACAACGGAGACCAUCUUGCGACAUGUUGGUUUGAUUCGAUUGGAUGGUCUUAGAGUGGAAGAUGGCUUUCGUUACAUUGCUCCAGAAGUACUCAUGCUUGUAACCUCAAUUGCUGUGUAUGUUAGUAGUACAAAACUGUCAGUGGAAAGUACACAAAGCCGUGCCUCUUCAGCUAGUGCCCCAUCAACAGCUGCCAUUCUUCCGCCAGUACCAAGCACUGCUGCAUAUCGAAAUCGACGCAAGGCCUUUUUUAUCACAAUAGGUAAAUGUCUUGCACUGACAUCGCUAUGCUUGGCAGGCAUAUUGCAACCAUCUGUUCUAAAUGGAGUCUACUUUCUUGCAUUCCUGGGAGGUAUGACAUGGUGGUCAUGCUACAAGGAACUGCAUCGUCCAUUUGGCCUGGUGCUAAAUUGUGUUCAGGUGUUGGCUGCAUUGCAUAUCAUGGCACUGUUUAUUGUUCAACUACAGUGGGUUCAAGAAUUUCUCACAUCUGACUGUAAUUAUUGCAGAUAUUUGGGUCUGACUUUCUUGAUGAAGACGAGUGGCGAUGAUCCGCGUAUGCAGGAUUUUGUUAGAGCUGAAUGGGCUUCAUUUCUCAAUCCAGUUGCUCUCUUGUGGCUCUUCUACAUCCUUGGAAUUGAAUCUUAUUUCCUCCUCCAGCCAAGAGACAGGUGCAACGAGGAGUUCACAAACAUAGAUGGGAUACGACGUAUUCCAAUGUCCCGUCAGCUCUCAAUCCGCUUCUCCCAACAACGGAAGCUAACCCUUUCCCGUAACACUACUAACAGAUGGCGCUCAGCCACUCAGAAAGUGCGAGUUAACAGUUUCGAAGCUGAUGGAUCUGACGUAAAUGAACACACUCACCUGAUAAGAAACAUGAGCCCUGCCAAAUAUGAUUCAACUGGUCGGCGGCGGAGCACAGUCAGACAGGAUGCUCAUGGGAGUGUGAUCCUCAGUGAUGGCUAUGAAGAUGUGAUACAGUUAGAUGCACUGGGAGCUGCACGGAACGAAGAGAUUCAACCUGGAAUAUGUGAACAGAUCUUGGACUUCUUUGCUUCCUUAUUCCGGAUAAUCAAUCAAUCUUCCUACAUAGGAACGAACAUCAUCAUGAUGGCAUGGAGUAUUACAUAUCACAGUUGGUUAACAUUCGUGUUACUACUGUGGGCUAGCAUUCUGUGGAUCCUUCCUAACCAGCGCCGCUCCAUGAUGAGGUGCUCGCCUUUCCUCAUGGUAUAUGCCAUAUUCCUGUAUGGCAUGGACCUCACUGAUGAUGAGCUACCAGACCAUGUGAAGGGUGUGAAUCUGCGUCAGAUAGGUUUUAUCAAAACCACAAAACUGCCCUGUGAACCUCUGUUUAUCAAGAGUUUGUAUACACUUUUCUUCUGGAUUACCUUGCGUCAGUUUAUGCAAGAACGCUUUGAGAGACGCAACACAUCUGCAUUGGAAGAUAUGGCUGCACCUUUACAAAUUACCGUUGGUCCUGCAACCAGAGGUUUUUCAGACACACAGGAAGCCAAUCAGUCAAGUCAGGCCAUGAACUGGCUGGGUGAAUUUGUUAAGAGUGUGCUGACAAAAUUCUGGAUUUGGGUGGUUGCGAUAAUGCUGUUUGUGAUAGGUCUCAGUGGAACUCGAAUGACUGUAUAUCGCAUUAUCUAUAUGGCACUCUUCCUUAUCUUUGUGCUUGUCUUUCAGCUCUCUUAUCAAGCAUGGCGCAAGUUUAUGUAUGGGUUCUGGCUGACUGUGAUAAUCUACUCCAUGUCCAUACUGGUACUGAUCUACACAUAUCAGUUCGAUGAUUUUCCCUCCUACUGGACAGACUAUCUUGGCAUUUCUCAAGAACUGCAAAAAGAUAUUGGCAUGGAAAUAUUCCAGACCAGUGAACUGUUCGUUAAACUGCUCACUCCUACUUUUUUCCUGGUGAUCACGGUGAUACAGAUGCACUACUUUCACAAUGACUUCCUCACGCUCACAGAUAUCAAAUGCAGGCCAGAGAUUGUGAAACGAGAAUCAAGUACAUAUGGCAGCUCAGUGGCUGGAGGUCAAGGACAGGUAUCAGAAGACCCAGAAGAAGGGACAGACGAGCAGCAGAAAGAGGAGAAUGUCCCAAUGCCUUCUCUGCGAACACUUAAACAACUAUCGACCAAGGAGCUGCAGCAACUGGCAAUCCAGUUCAAGAUUCAGGUUCAAAAAGUAAUUGACUUGUUGUGGCUGUUCCUGGAGCUGCAUAUGCUGAAACUGAUGCUACUGUCUACAGUGCUGCUCUGUGUCUUUGAUGUAUGUGCAGUAAAUUUCAUCUUCCUUCUUCUUACUGUGGUGGCACUGCCAUUUGGUGGCAAGACGCACACACUUGUGUGUCAUGUUGUGUCAGUUCUGGUCUCAGUUUUGCUGCUGAUCAAGAUGAUUUAUCAGAUCAACUACUUUGUGCAUUCAAACUAUGCUGUCAACUGUACGGAAAAUGCUACUACAGGAAAUGAUGCAGACUGGCUUGGACUGUAUAAGGGUAGCACAUAUCAUACUCUUCCAGAAAUACUGAAGGGGUAUAUAGGUUUGAUUUUCUUGGCAACAUUAAUGGCUGUGGUUAGGGUUCGGCAACUGUACAAGCGCCAGUUAAGUGGAGAACCAGUUUCCCGACCUCACAUAAUGUUUCCCAACAUACAGCGUUGCCAUGCAGAUCGUGAUCUGCGAAGCUGUUUCAAGUACCUCUUGAAUUAUGGUUUUUACAAAUUUGGUGUUGAGAUCUGUCUAAUGGCAACUGUAGCUCUGAUUGGUACUCGUAUGGAUUUGUAUGCUGUGCUGUAUGGGGUAUGGCUCUGUGUGCUGGUCAUUAUGAACCGAAAGAAACUGGCCAAAAUUUGGGGCAUCUUCCAGGUGUUCAUUGUAAUGCUGAUACCCAUUCAGUAUGCCAUGGCUGUAGGCUUGCCACCUGCAUUAUGCAUAGAAUAUCCUUGGAACCAGUCGCUGAUACUGAGGAAUCUACAGGAGUGGAUGUUCUUGCCUGAUCCUGUGUAUCCUCCAGCAGCCUAUAAACUUGUCUGUGACUUUGUGUUGCUGAUGCUGGUAUGUCGGCAGAGUCUUGUGUUCCGAAUAGAGAGACGUUAUGCCGGGCAGAUCUAUGCAGGUGGUAGUAACAAGAGUAUUCUAAAAGAAACAGAGCAGCCAGGAUUUAUUAAUCCUGUACCAGAUCACAUAUCUUAUGUCAGAUCAUGGCUGGAUAUUGCAAAGCGGUGUUUCUUGUCUUCCUUCCUCUGGGUGACACUGGCCAUUGUUUUUCUGGCUGGCACAAACCGGCUUAACAUAUUUUCACUGGGGUACCUGGUGGGUGCCUUUGUGUUCCUAUGGCAAGGACCUGUGCCAUACAUCCUGAAGUGGUGGAACACUCUGUUGGGUUACAAUGUGGCAGUUAUGAUCAAAGCUUUACAUGGCUGCAUGUUCCUCCUAGAAGUGAAGAGCCAUGCUUGCUGGGCUGCACAGUUGCUUGGAAUAACGUGCAUCAGGAAGUUUCCUGCUCCAGUCGGAUCAUUGCCCGAGUUUGAGGAUUUAACACAGUGCAAUGUGCCAAAGGAAAAUAGUGGGCUUAUAUGGGAUGGUGUGUGUUUUGGGUGCUUGAUCAUGAUGAGAAGGUUGUUCAACAGUUACUAUUUCAUCCAUCAGAUCAAUGAGAACAAGGCCAUGACUGUGCUUGCAUCCAGGGGUGCCGAGUUGAUUGAGGAACUACGGAUGAAGCGGAUACGAGAACAAGAGAAUCAGGAACAUUGCAUUCUUGACAAGAUCAGAGUGAAGAUGGAUCGAAUUAAGGCAACCCAACAGAAGACUCAGGGACCCAUGUUUAAGGAACCUGAGAGUCACCAUGCUGCAACUCCUGGGUCUGUUCAUCGACGUGCAAGAACAAAUCGUGAUGCUAUUCGCUCUGGUGACUACUACAUGUUUGAAGAGCUGGAUGAUGGUGUACUGGAAGAGAAGGAUGAAACAUCAUCGGAUGAUGAAGGUGGCAGACAUGGUGAGAGGAGAGUUACACUCAGUAAGUUCCUGGACACAGCUUUCAAGACUGACAUGGAACAAGCAGCAGAAUUGGCUCUUACAAAGGGUACAACAGGUGAAGGCGUUGCUGAUGGUGGUCGACGGUCUUCUGUCAAACUGACACGAAAUAAAUCAUCCUUCUUCACAUGUGAGACAGAGAUUGCACCCCAAGCACAAGCAGGCAGUCCUUCUUUACAUAGUGACUAUAUGGUGCCAACUUCUCCUGAAGGAAGCAAGGGGAGCUACCCAUCACAACAUUACCCACCAGAUGAAGUAGAUGGGGCCUCAACCACAAAAGAUGCAUCUUCGGAAACAGAAGUUAGAAUGAGCGUGGGACAACGCAUAUGGCUGAUGGUGAAAUUUGCAUGGGCCUUUGUGGAAAGUGCCAUGGUGACAUUAACAAGGCACCUGAACCAUGUAUCUCGUGAUUACCGCUAUGUUAUGGAGGUACUCACAUUGGAAAAGAAGAUGCUUAAGGAGAAAUCAGACUUUGGUCAAGGUGUCCGUGUUGGCUCUGCAAUGAUGUGGCAGCCAAUGCCCUCUGCAGUGGAUCACAGUAAACUCAGGCUAGAUCCUGUUCCCCUCCCAGCCAGGGCCAGCACGUCACUGGACCAGUUAGAUGAAAGCACACCAGAUGAAGUGAAGCUCUUGGGCAGACCCCGUGUAUGGGCGAUGGAAAUGCUGACUAUACCUGAGAUCCGUGUUCUGGCCCCUAGUAUGGAGCGUGGCCUUGAUUUGUCUGAUGCUGACAGCCACCAGCCACCAGUGAGUCUCGAACAGAUGGACGAAACACAGGAGCUGAGCGCAAAGGACCAGGCUCCUUUCGUGCGACUUGUCCUGGCAUUGUGGUUUGCCAUCAUCUCACACUCAGACCUUGUGUGUUACUUCAUGGUGUUCCUGUAUCAAACAAAAUCAGCAACCAUCUUGUCUCUACCACUGCCACUUAUGGUGUUUUUGUGGGGAACACUUACAAUUCCAAGACCCACUAAAACCUUCUGGGUGACCAUGAUUGCUUACACUGAGGUCAUUGUUAUUGUGAAAUGGAUGUUCCAAUUUGAGUUCCUGCCAUGGAAUGGGACUGAAGUAAUUGAGAAGAACCCAUUCUUCCCUCCCAGAAUCAUUGGAAUUGAGAGCAAACCAAACUACGCCACAUAUGACUUGUUCUUACUUCUCAUCAUAUUCUUUCACAGAUAUAUGUUGAAAUCCCUUGGUCUGUGGAAAACAACAUAUGAAGACCCUGUAAUGUUCAAAGAAAAGGAACAGAAGUUCCGUUUAGAUCCUGAAGGAGACUCAGUAGGUCUACAUCGGGUGGAUGAAGAAGACACUUUAACAGCAGAUGCUGAUCCACCAGUCGGCAAGGAGCUGGCUAUCCUGAAACAUGGAGGAAGCAGGUUAUCAUAUUCAGCACCUGGUCUAGGCAACUCUGGAUCAUCAUCACAGCUUGGACGAAGUUCUGGUUUGCGUCGCCGCUCAUCAGCUGGCAAUGUAUCAGAUCAGGUGGUGACACAGGGAGGCCGACGUCUCAGUGCCUACAAGACAAGUGUAGAUCAGUCUGAUGCAGGAGAUCAUACCAGGUCCGCAGGUGAAGAACUAAGUACCUCCAACCUAAUUGUGGUUCGCACUGAUAAGGAAGACGUUAGUGAUCACAUCCCUGGCUUCCUGGUAUUGGCCCCAAGACGAUAUUGUGACUCAGUGAAGGGUUUUUUUAGUCACUUGCUUUCUAGAGCCCAGCGAGUCACUGCUGAUGUGUAUGCUCUGAUGUUUCUCUGUGACUUCUUCAACUUCAUGGUUGUCAUCUUUGGCUUUGCAUCAUUUGGGUCUGACCUGGGAGAAGGAGGAGUGUCUGCUUAUCUGGAAGAAAACAAGGUGCCAAUUCCAUUCCUCAUUAUGCUGAUCCUGCAGUUUGCACUGAUUGUGGUGGACCGCGCAUUGUACUUGCGCAAAUACAUUCUCGGGAAGAUCGUGUUCCAGUUCUUGCUCGUAGUUGGAGUCCACAUAUGGAUGUUCUUCAUUCUGCCUCUAGUCACUGACAAGCAAUUCAAUGCAGAGCUUCCACCGCAGAUGUGGUACAUGGUCAAGUGCUUCUAUCUGCUCCUUUCAGCAUAUCAGAUAAGAAGUGGUUACCCCACUCGCAUUCUUGGAAAUGUUCUAUGUAAACGGUACAAUAUUCUAAACAUGGUCAUGUUUAAAGGGUUCAUGGCUGUACCAUUCUUAUUCGAGCUGCGUGCACUUAUGGAUUGGAUGUGGACUGACACAUCAAUGACAGUUUCGGACUGGCUGAAGAUGGAGGACAUCUUUGCAAACAUAUUUCAGCUCAAGUGUUCAAGACGUAUGGAAACUGAGUAUCCACAACCUCGUGGAGAGAAGAAAAAACCUUUAAUCAAGUACCUGUUGGGUGGUGCUGGCCUUUUUGUUAUCAUUGCUGUCAUCUGGUUCCCAUUAGUUAUAUUUGCGCUUGGCAGCACUGUUGGUCAACCAAACCUGCCUUAUGAUGUCACAGUUACAAUGGAUAUUGGUAACUAUCAGCCUAUCUAUAAAAUGUCAGCACAGAAUAACACUGUCAACACUAUUGACAGAAUGAGUGAACAGUCUUGGAAUAAAAUGCAGAAUGCGUACUUAAAAAAUAAAGCUGCUUUAACUUUCUUGUCCAACUAUGAUCACACAGACAUUGCUGUGAUUAGAAUGAGUAAUUCUUCAAGUAUGGUAUGGAGUAUCUCUCAGCCAGACAGAGACUACCUCAUUGCAGAUCUCCAAUCCAGCAAACAGAUUGCGAUAAGGUUCAUGUGGCAUGUGUCACGAUUGAACCCUAAUCCAAAGACUACAGGGGAGGCUAGAGACUACCAUGUUUAUGAACUGGAGGCUGAGGUGGAUGGUAAACCGAGCCCACAAAGAGAUAAUCUCAUUAAGAUGUUGAAUGGGACACAUGUUACAGCAUUGAUUCCUAAUAUUUUCCCAAAAUUCCUGAAGAUUUCAAAUCGUGGAAUGGCUACUCCAGUUACACAACUCAUGGAACGAAUUGCUUCUCCUCUUGACACUACAUUUAGAAACCUUAGCCUACAGUAUAGUGGAGAUAAUGGAUCUGACAGCCAGAGUUGGUGGUCCCUCAAAGAAACAUGUGAUGAUAAGAAUUAUGAAAAUUUUUUGAAGGAAAUAGAUGAUGAUCACUGUAACAAACUGGUUAUAUACACAUUUAAUGAUAAAUCCUUCCCCAAAACUCUGAGCUUCAUUUCUGGAGAAGGAAUCAUAGGUUUAUACGUCGGCCUGGUCCUUCUGUUUUCUAAAGUCAUCCGAAGCUUCAUGACUGGUAUGUUGGCGGAGAUCAUGUUUACAGAGUUGCCAAAUGUGGAUCGUAUCCUGCAGCUGUGCCUGGACAUAUACCUAGUGCGUGAAAGUGGAGAACUAGACUUGGAGGAAGAUCUGUUUGCCAAAUUGGUAUUCCUGUACCGCUCACCAGAAACCCUCAUAAAGUGGACACGGCCACGAGAAGAGGGUGAAGGAGAGGAGGGAAAUGCACAGCCCAUGAUUGCCCAGUAGUUCAGCCUCAUGGAGCCAUAUGUAACGCACACAUCAUAUUCACGUGACUGACCUGUAUUCAGACAAAUAGCAACAGCAAUUUGUUGCUUUGUGUGGCAUCAUUGCUGCAUUAGCAAGGAUCAUAGUUUCAGUCUUGUAUUGUGAUUGUGUGUGCUGUAUCUGAGAUGGCCCAUGACCUGUAGUAAGUGAUUGCAUUCAUUUGACACUGCUGUAAUGCCGGCUGGUGGUUAUGGAUGCAACUGAAGAGACCUCUGGUAGUGAUCCACAAUCUGGUGAUCAAGGUAUCACUGCAAUCAGUUGGUUAAGGUUUUCAUUGCAAUCUGCACGGAAAUAAGUUGCUGUACUUUGAAGUAACUUUAAGUGUGAAUCAGGUUUGCAGUGUUUUUUUUUUUCUUUUUACCCUCUUUUCAGUGUUUUUAGUUGUCUGGUUUAUUGUAUUUUCAUACUGUGAUAUGCUGUUACAAAAAUUAUUUUUGCACAUCAUUAAGGUUGUAAUAUUAUAUGUAUUUUUGUUUGCAUGCAGUUCCAAUUUUUGUUGUUUGAAAAGGUCAUGUACUUGUUGACAUCAUUAUUUAUGAAAGUACUGGUAACAUGAAGGCAAUAGCUGUCAUGGUUUCCAAGCAUUUGAAUUUUUAACUUUCAGUUUGCAAUGCUUUAAGCACUUUCCUUGAAAAUAAUUCUAUCAAUUUAACAUUAGUCAUCCUAAUCCAAAGAAUAAUAGUUACAUGAAUAAAAUUAAAAGAAAAGCAAGGAUUUAAAUGAGAAAUAAUGGGGGAGGGGGUAAUAUAGCAGUACAGGGCUCCAGAAAUACAGCUUAAAAUGUGUUUGCCUGUAGUUUCACAGUAUGCUUCAUAUGAGUAUUUUUGUAGGAGGUAUUUACAAAACACUAAAUGUUGAGAAUAGGGAAUGAAUGUAAUAUAGUCUGUAGUAUGCUCUCUACACCUUAAAUGUGAUGAUAAAUAAAUAAUUUUAUUGCAGCACUAAAUAGGUUAUAUUUAUUUUUGACCAUAUCUGUACAUAUAAAUGAAUUUCAUUGUUAAAAUAAUGGACAGUUUAACAUAUGGCUGGAAUAUCUGAGAGUAGUUUGGAGAUUAAUGAAACAAAAUCUAAUGGGGUGUAUUUUUUUAAAUACCAGAUAGUAUUGUUACUAUUGGUCAUACAUGUUGGAAGGCUAAGAGGAAUGAAUGUAUAUGAUUCUGUGAUUUAUUUUGGUGAAAUGUAACCAAACUAUUAUAUUUUUUUAUAAAGAAUUGUGAAAUGUGUAUUCUAAACUGCAAUUCUCUGAUCAUUCAUUGCCCUCUACUAAAUAAUCUAAAGCAAGUACAGCAAAUUGGGAAGCUACAGACUAAGUUGACAGUUAAUUUGCUAUAACAGAUAAGUGAGCAUAUUUCUGUAGCCCUCCUGUGAUGCAUUAAUUAUUAAGAGUAUUGGAAUGAAAUAAGAUGUCAUUUGGCCCAAAAGCACAGAUAUUAAGUUCUUAAGCUUGGAUAUAAGAUAGCUAUCACCAUUUUCUUUAAUUUUUAGUAUUAUUUAAAUAUGUUUGAGUGUUUUGGGUCAUUACACACUAUGACAUAGUGCUUUUAGCUUUGGAAGAACUUCAUCUCCAUCAUCUUGGUAUAAACGAAAACAGGUGGCUUGAAUAGAUAUGUAUUAAGGUAAAAACGUAAAGUAGUAUUUUAAGCAGGCUCUUAAUGAGUCUUAAGGCAAACUGGAGAGGGCACUUCCAUUGGGUAUCCUUUGCUUAUAUUUAUAUUUUGUACAUCUAGCUUUCCACUUCCUUGUGAACAUGGAAGCAGCAAGUUUCUUCAAAAAAAAUAUUUUUUUUAAACAACAGGGCUGUGUACCCCAGAAUACUCAUAAAUACAUUUAAAAAGCUUAAAAUAAUGAACAUUAUAUUCUAAGGCAAGUUUCUGGAAAAUCUGUUUUAAAAAUGGAAAAAAUAUAAUUGUAUGAAGAAUGUAACAAAACCUGUCAUGAAGCACAAUUUUAGUUGCUCAGCCUUUUAAUAAAUGGUGAUGCAAAUA